ACGACUCUACAUCAGGGGUCAUGACUGCUUACAACACAGGAAAUGAUAAAAAAAAACUGAAAGCAGCUUUGUGAAUAUAAUGGACUCACAAACAGAGAGUGAGAGAUCGGGCGUUCACCAGAAUGGAGUCAUUGCUCUAGCAUUUACAGUCUUGUGGUUUGUGCAACUGUGAGUCUCCUGGUCAGAGUUUUAACAUGAAUUUGCUUCCUCAAACUCACACGAAAGUACUCGCUCUGAGAGGAGAGAUGUUACGGCGAGAUCGACGCUUCAGGGAUCAAUUAAGAGGCAGAAAAUGCUGUGAAUGCAGUGUAUCUCUGUCCCGCUGGUACUAUGAGAAAGAUGGACGUCUCUUCUGUAGUAAGGACUACUGGGCAAAAUUUGGGGAGCUGUGUCAUGGCUGCUCUGAGCCGAUCACCACUGGGCUCAUCAUGGUUGCAGGUGAGCAGAAGUAUCACCCCGAGUGUUUCACCUGCCUGAACUGUCGCACGUUCAUCGGCGAUGGCGACAACUACGCUCUGGUGGAGAGGUCCAAGCUGUACUGUGGACAUUGUUAUUACGAGACCAUCGUGACCCCGGCGACUCUGCCUGACUCUCCGUGCUCACGGAUCCCUCACACGGUCACGCUGGUGUCCAUUCCAGCCUCCACAGAUGGAAAGCGUGGCUUCUCUCUGUCCAUCGAUCCGGGAAGCAGCCCGAACGGCUACAGCACCGACUACAACCCCACAGUCCGCGUGUCCCAGGUGGAUUCCGAGUGCAUCAGUCCUGACGUGAAGAACACCAUACAUGUUGGUGACCGUAUCCUGGAGAUCAAUGGUACCCCCAUCCGGAACGUUCCUGUUGAUGAGAUCGAUUUGCUCAUUCAAGAGACCAGUCGCCUCCUGCAGCUCACCAUCGAACACGACCCCCUUGACCCUGAAAACCCCAGCAGCCCUUUUGAGUAUGAGGUGGACGGACCGAGCCCACUGCCCGAGAGACACAGCCCGGUUUCCCCGAUCACACAACCGCCGAACCACGACAUCAACAACCUGCGUUCACGCGUGAUCACGCGGAGCUUCAGUAUCGAUAAGUCACCGUGCUCCAGCAACGCUGCGUCCCCAAUGUCCCUGAGGAAGGAUAUCGGACGCUCGGAGUCGCUCCGUGUCGUGACAAACCGCACACACAGGAUCUUCCGACCCUCCGAUCUCAUCCAUGGAGAAGUGCUGGGAAAGGGCUGCUACGGUCAGGCUAUUAAGGUGACCCACAAGGAGACCGGUGAGGUGAUGGUGAUGAAGGAGCUCAUCCGAUUUGACGACGAGACCCAGCGGACCUUCCUUAAAGAAGUCAAAGUAAUGAGAUGCCUGGACCACCCCAACGUCCUCAAGUUCAUCGGGGUUCUCUACAAAGACAAGAGGCUGAACUUCAUUGCUGAGUACAUCAAAGGAGGAACCCUGAGGGAAAUCAUUAAGAAAAUGGACAGUAAUUAUCCCUGGAACCAGAGAGUGAGUUUUGCCAAAGAUAUUGCAUCUGGGAUGGCCUACCUUCAUUCCAUGAACAUCAUCCACCGUGAUCUCAACUCUUACAACUGUCUGGUCAGAGAGAACAACAGUGUCGUGGUGGCAGACUUUGGGCUCGCGCGCCUCAUGGUAGAAGACAAGAACCAGGACAAACUUGGAAAGCUUCAGGGUGUGAAGAAACCUGACAGGAGGAAGAGAUACACCGUUGUGGGAAACCCGUACUGGAUGGCUCCGGAAAUGAUCCAUGGAAAGAGCUACGAUGAGAAGGUGGACAUCUUUUCCUUCGGCAUCAUGCUGUGUGAGAUUAUUGGGCGAGUCAAUGCAGAUCCAGACUACUUACCCCGAGCCAUAGACUUUGGCCUGAACGUCAAUGGAUUCCUGGAGCAUUAUUACCCUCCAGAUUGCCCCCGCGCUUUCUUCCCCCUGGCUGUCCUGUGCUGUGACCUGGAUCCUGAGAAACGACCUGCUUUUGUGAAGCUGGAGGAAUGGCUUGAAAAGCUAAAGAUGCACUUGGACAUGCGUUUCUCACUGGUUUCUGAGCUGGAGCAGGUCCAUCUAGACUUCUGGCAGAAGCAUCCACCUGAGGAGAACAAGCUGCCCACUCAUCGAGAGCAGACGGAAUAGCCAAUCAGGGUCUGAUCUCAUGGUGUUCAUUCCCAAUGUUGUGAAAAACCCGCUGGCUAAGGAGUGCUUGGGCGACGGAGCAGGUCCGUGUUAUUGGACUGGCAUUCGGUAAUGUUCUCUUCGUAACUGGAGGUCCGUAGCAGGAUUUGGAGCACAUUCUGUGGAAAUUUUGGUGGGUUUUGAAGAAUCGUUCUUCUGAACUGCAGGGCAUCAUUCCUCUACCGUCACUGUCACUUUAGCUUCUCCAGCAUCUCAUCAGAGUUCUUGACAUCCACUAUACACCUCUGAACUGAAUUCUCAAUGUCAUGGAUAGUUACGAAAUAUUAUAUUCAUCUACUUUUCAUUUGAAUCGUGUAAAAAGGACCCGUUUUCUAAAGACGCCAUGUUCUGCAAGCCAAAUAAGAAAGAAAGGCGUGUUUGUAAAUGAUCCGUUCUUCUGUCCCGCUUGUUGUUGGGCAGUGAACGCGAGAUCAAACCGACUCUUCUGAGAUGAAUGAGUUUGUACAGAAUGCUUCCCUUUAGUUUCGUCUUUCAAUCCUUGUAGCUUUGACAAUGUUUAGUCUACAACAGGGGCGUCAAACUCCUUUCGUAUAACGGACCGCGAUGCACUUCAUAAGCCGACCGAACCGAUAACAUCAUCAGCAACCUUCUAAAUGUGUCAAUUUAAUCUGAACAGAAAAUAGAUAAACAUCUGGUAAUUAAUUAGAAAAAAAAAACAAUUCUAAUGAUGGUUUUACCAUUCUGUGCCUUGCAUGAGUAUUUACCAUCCUUGUAAUCAUUUUUUUAUGUCUUACAACCCAAAACUAUUGCAUUUUGGGUGAGAUCGGGGAAUUUUUUUAUUUUUUUUUUAAAAACAAAUCAAACUAUGGUUGCAUAAGUAUUCGCUCCCAUGGCUAUGAAACCCCUAAAUGACUCAUGAUUCAUUAUGAUUCAUGGUUACAGCUUUCUAACGAACGAUUACGUGUCUUUAGCACAUUUUAAUGUAGCUACAUUUAUGACCAUGAGUUUAAUACAGUAUUUUACACAUUUUCUCAUUCGGUUAUGGUCCGUGAAAGAUGAUUUAAUGUAAAACGCACAUUAGGGUAUAUAUGUGUGACAUAUGUUUGACUCCCCUGAUGUAAAACAAGGUACACUUUUCUUUAGGUACAUUAUACUGUCUCUACCCCUAAGGUGAGACCCUAAACAUAGUGUAUAUACCUAAUUACUUAUUGUACAUCUUUUACAUUGUACAGACAUUAUUUUCUAUACAGUUAUGACAUUGCCAUAUUUUUCUUGGCCUGUGGGUUGAAAUGAAAGACUGAGAGACUUUCUUUCCAUUCGUAACAGGGAUAUGUGUCCUAUAGAUCUUUAAAUAGGUGUCCGGGUCUUUUUCUUUUCUUUUCUUUAAAUGCCUGGCUUUGUUGAGUGUUUUAUUUGCUCAUAAUCUAUUUUAUUUAGUUUGUAAUAUUACACACUGUAACAUUUGGAUUUCACAAUCAGGUGCAGAAACAUCGUUCGGUCGAGGUGACGACAGGUUCACGAUCGACUUCCGUGUAAGAAUCAGGAUGGUGUUUAAAUAUAUAUAUAUAUAUAUAUAUAUAUAUAUAUAUAUAUAUAUAAGAAAAGAAAAUGAAUCUGUUCCAACGCCACUCUUGUGGCUUUUGUCCUUUGCCGCCUCAGUGAUGUUUGCCUGCGUCUCACUAGUAUGUGAAACUCCCUAUGGGAGACGUCCUGUUUACAUGAACUCGCUGCCUGUAAAUAUGUCUGUUUAUGUGGUCAAACUCAGCUAUUUUCCUUGUUCCUCUUUCACCGCUCGUCCCGUCAGGGAUCGGCUGCACGGUGCCUCGGCUGCACGAGGGAUCCUCCACAAAUUUGGCUGUUCUUCUAACUCAGAAUAUGCUUUUCUGGAAGUAAACAGAGCGGAGGACUGUGUGCAGAUAGCAGUCGCAGGCCAACAGAUGUAAAAAGAAAUCUUUUAUGUACAGAACCACAAAAAGUUUUGUAUAGAUUUUCCACUGAUUUUCAUUUGCACUAAAUACGGAAACAGCGCAGAAGAAAACCGGCGCUUUUUUCCUUUCCUAAUGGUUACAGAAAAAUGGAUCAUGUUCUGAUUCUUAUAUGAAUAAAAAGACACCGAAAGUCUUUUUGUAAAAAAAAAAAAAAAUGGAGAAGAAAGAAAGAAAAAAAGUCAGUCCUGGUAAACAUUUUUCAGUCGCAAAUAAGUGUGAGAUACUUUGCAAGCGGUGUGUGUGUGUCCAUGUGUGAGGCAUCUACUGUACAUAAGACAUUACAUUCAUGACCAUGUAAGAAAUCUCUUUACACUUUGUCCUUCUCCUGAUGCACUACUGUACGUUGUGUCACGUAAAGGGAGAUCGUAGGCCAGCUAUAUUUUUCCGUUUAUUGAUUAUAUUCUAUAUACUUUUUUUUUUUGCUGAAACCUAUGAAAGCCAUAUUUUCCCUUGAUGGGACUUGGCAUCAUGUCGUAAUAAGCCAGAGUGUGUGAAAAUGCUCACAUUUACUACAUGUAAAAUACUGUAGAAUAUGCAAUAGUAGAAGAGAAAAGAAAAACAAAAUAAUCAUAAAUAUACAUUUCUGGGUCAUUUGAAUUCUGUGGCUGUUUUAAUACAUCAUCAUGAUAUUUCAGUACUGAAACUGUAAGCAUUUCUUUGGAGUUUAUUACACAGGGGUUUGGAGCCUGUGGGCUCUUUGCUGCCUAAAGAAAGAUCCUUUGUGAAAGAUGUUGUGUUUUAUAACGACUGCUUAAUCGUACUAUGUCAUUUUCACUGAAUGCUGCUUCACCUCCAUUGAAAGCACUUAAUGUCCUAGUCUAGUAUUGAACCUCGAUAGUCUAGCUCAGGGCAUCAUCACAAAAAAAAAACAAGUUAUUACUCAUAUUAGUAUUACACUUAAAGUACAGUAAAAUACAGAACAUGCACGCUUGGCUCUUCAACAAUACACAAUAUAUACAGCAAAGUGUACUUUUUGAUCCAUGUGACAGUGUAUGGCAUGUAAUCUGGAUGUUUCACCUUUGUCAAGCAUGAUGACUGUGAGCUUAUAUGUGCGAAUGCUGCAGCAGUCCUUCUUUGCAAAGGAUCGUUUUACCUCCGAAUAUUGCUGUGCCUUUGUUUUAAGCUAGCCUUGCCAACGAAUUGCAGAGCAUUUAGAAUUUUAUUUUUAUUUUAAGCCUGACCAAUUUGAUUUUAUGUCAUUUCUGAUCUGUUAAUACGAGUCUUCCUGUUGCUUUCUAUAUUUAUGCUGUAUUCUCCAUAUAUUCAUUGUCCAGUUUGGUAUUUAGUUUUAUGAAUUUUUUGUGCUUUGUUUUAAUUUAAUAUUCGUACACAAGCUGUGAAAAAAAAACAUAUUCUGCACUUUAAAAUUCUGGCCAUAAAAAUCCAAGGAGUCAACUAUAUUUGAUUGCAGCUGGAAUAAAACUGCCGCUCCUUAACUGUUAA